AUGAGAAGCAGGCAUGUGCUCCUGAAGCUUUCCCCUAAUGAGGCCCUUCUGGGAUUACUGCUUGUGUUGUUGCUGGGGUUGCAUGUCCUAGCCGUGUGUCCCUCCUUGUGCUCCUGCAGUCGCAGCCACAGGGAGGUAGACUGCUCCUGGAGAGGUCUGAGACAGUUGCCUGAUGGCUUGCAGCACAACAUGCGCUCCCUCAACUUGUCCCACAACCGAUUUCACAACCUGGACAGCCAGCUCACCAUGUACACCCACCUCCGUGUCCUUGAUUUGUCUCACAACCGGCUGAGCCACCUGCCCACUGGCUUGCCUCGUUCCCUCUGGCAGCUCUAUGCUGCCUCCAACCGCCUCCAGUUGCUGGACAAGAAUGAUACGGUCUACCAGUGGAAUCUACGGAUGCUUGACCUUUCGGACAACAAGCUGGAGCGGGCGAUCUUCAUCAACAAUACACUGAUUAACUUGUGCACCCUGAACCUAAGCAGCAAUCACUUCUGGACUUUGCCCACCAACAUGCCUAUGCACCUGGAGGCUAUCGACCUGUCCCACAACUUGCUUGUGAAGGUACUGCCAGGGUCUCUGGACCGGCUUCCCAGAUUAACUCACCUCUACCUGCAUGCUAACCGCUUUGCCACACUGCCCUUCGGAGUGUUGGACAAGAUGACAUCACUUAAAGUCAUCACUCUGGGUGACAACCCUUGGGCCUGUCACCUCUAUGCCGACAUCACCUACUUACUAUCCUGGACUCAGCAUACGCCUGCCCGUGUCUUGGGCUGCCCUUGCCACACCCAGUCAGUCUGUGGAGGGGUGCGCCCUGGGAGGACUGGAGGGUGGCACUUUGCCUCCUACAACCUACCCCCUCUCGCUUCGAGUUCCCAGGACGUUAGCUCCAUGCCUCCUGUGGCCGGUGUCACUGGGUGGUGGUACUUGUCUGUUUCUGCUCUGCUAAGCACCCAACAGACCGUCAUGCAGACCUUGAACACACAGCACCGAUCCUUCACCACCGUGCCGCCCAGAAGCACAGGCACGCACCUAACUUUUAGUCACCUUUCUGCCACUGCUAGCCCAGCCGCCACCGAUAACAGGCUCCACACUGAUUCUCAUCUCAUUUCUGGCACUAAGGAAGAUUCAGCCACUGACUCACUCCACACCACAGACACAUCCUCUUUUUCUGACACGAGGGUCAUUACCGAAAUACCCACCAGGGCUGACAUGACUCUGGCCACAGACGGAUUCUUUACAACAGAGAGUGCCUCCAUCCAAACAAAGAAAACAACCACACUUCGCACCAGGAGUGUGAGGAGGCAGAAUCAGUCCCACCCCAGGGGCAUCAGUAACAGUAGCGCGGCUCUUUCUACCUGCUCCUCACUGUCAUUCCUUCACAACCUUGGGCUUCUGUCUCUUAUUCUGCAUCAAGUCCUCUGA